UGCAAAUAUGUACGUUAGUAUUAACUUAAAACCGGUUUCAUAAGUUUUAUUCAAACAGAAUACAUGUUCAUACUGUACGACUUCCCGAGCGACGGCGAAAGUUAUUUCAUAAUAUUGAUAAUAACCGGAAGUUUUUUGCUAUCAUACCCCACUACUAUGCAAUAACUUGAUUCGGUCUUAGAUCUGUCUUGUCAAAAUUCCACGUUUUUCAAUUGUAGUCAACGGUUGCACGAGUAAGAGUCAACAACGAACACUAAGAACAAAAUCUCAAAGACACAUUUUUUUUAUAUUAAACAAUUUAGACAAACGGUAUUUACCCACACAGUAAUCAAGUGAUUAUCACUAAAGGACACACAUUUUGGUUUUAGAAGUUUCUAUUAUUUUUUUUGUUUCAAACGAAUAUAAAAAAAAAAUCAGUGACUGUUCAAAUUUUUAACAAAAUGUCGCUAACGAGGGGAGCCUUAAUCGGGUUUAUGGUGUUGGUAAUGGGUGCCGCCGUAAAGGCCCAUAUGCUUUUCAUCAGACUGGCUCUUUUGGCGGGUAUGGGCUUAAUGGGUAUGUGGAUGUUACACAAGUUAGCUCAAGAUUACCAGAAAAUAUCUAAUGGCAACCAUAGACCUAUGGGAGCAGCAGCUGCAGGCCAUGCAAUAGCAAGUACCGGUAGACUUCUAGGUUUGUGGAAGAGAUCUAUUCCUGAAACGACUGUAGAAAGCUAUGUUGAUGAUGAUUCGCUGCACAAGAUUUUCAAAUUUGACGAUAUCCUUCUUCAAGAUCGAAGUAUGUGUGCUCGAAAAAUAGUGUGCGAAAUUGCAGCCACACCUAAAAGCCAACUUAACCAAGUCGAAUUAAAUAUACUCAAGUUACUCAGUCCUAAUGAACACUAUGACGAAAACUCAGCCAAAAACAUUUUUCGAAAAGCUAUGGAAUUGGGACGUAGAAAGAAGAACACAAGGGCAUGUGAUCUCGAGUACAAAAAGUGCAUCUUUAACACAAGAACGAUGUUCAAACUUUUCACUUCGUUUAUGUAGCUUAUCAAAACAAUAUGUUUCUGUACAAAUAUUAAAUUAUAAAGAAAAUUUAAAGAUAUUAGACACAAUUAGCAAUGUUAUAUGAAACUUAGAAAACCUCUUUACUUGCCAUAUUUGGAUUUAAGUUGUCGUUUGUGUGUAAUUUGUGUCUUUAAUUUUAUACAUUAUUAAGUAUUAUUUUGUGUUCUUAAUGGAUUCAUGUCGAUGUUCAAACAAAAAAUUUGUUCGUUUCAUGAUUAUUAACUAAUUUUGUUUUUGAGUCCAUCAUAGAAUUUUAUCCUAUUAUUGUUUAUUAUAAUCAAGUAUUUGUCAUUUAUUAAAUUUUGUUUAAAUAUUGUAUUGUACUUACUUUGUGUAAUACCCAAGUUGUUAAAUAUUAACAAAACUUUUAUUUUUUUUAAAUCAUUCGUGUUUUGUUGU